AUCAUUAUUACAGUAUGAUCUUAUUUGAUAUUUCUAUAAUUUGAUUAUUAAUUGUAUUUUUAAAUUUAAAUUAAAUCUUUUGCAUUACCUAUUAGUAAGUCAUUAGUUGAAUUUUUUUUUUAUAAUGUGCAAUGUGGAUUCAUUAAUUUCAGAGAUGGAAAAAUUGUUAGUAUCUGGUAGAGAGGACUGUAAUAUCCAAGACAUUAUAGGAGAUUCUGCAGGUAAAAAUAUUGAUGAUUUGUUGAUUGAAGCUGAUAAAAUAAUUGGUGAAACACUUCCUUUUUUCCAAACAUAUUCAAAUACAAAUAAAGUUAAAUCAUCAAAGGACUGUAAAAGUAUACCAAAUGAUACUAAAAUUAUAUUAGCGCAGCCUCAGUUUAAAAGGAAUGAUACAAAAAAAGUUAUUUUUAAUUUAAAAAAUAAUUCUCCAAGUAUUUCAAUUCCAGAGAAACGUUCGAAAACAUCAAAAACUUAUGGAAAAUUAAUUAUAAAUAAGCAUAUUAAAGAAGAGGAAAGAAAAAACCAUAAUAUUCAUUCUUCAUCCUUGAAAAAAUGUACAGCUGAGCUAAAAAUUAUUGAUCCUGACAUAAAGUUUAUAAAAUCUCAUUUUGAAGUAAGUUCAUCUAUGUUGGAAAAUCACAAUCGGCUACAAAUUAUGUGUAACAGACAUGAUAAAUUUGCUAAUAAUAGUAAAACACAGGACCAAAUUAAUAAAUUAAAAAUGGAAGAAGAAUUAAAAUAUUAUAAAUUAAAAAAUAACGAGCUUGAAAAAAAUCUUAUAAUCAAAGAACAAGAAAUUCACAAUUUGGAAAAACGCUAUCAGCAAUUAAGUCAGUAUUGUGAAUGUUUUUUGAAAAAAAAUAUCGAAGAGACAUUAAAAAGUUACGAUUUCCAAUUAAAUGAACUAAUUGAACGCAAUAUGACUAGAGAAUCACAGUUACAUAUUAUAAUUGGUAAUCUCCUUGAAGAAAUAGGACAAUCACAUAUUCAGUGCAAUAUAAAACUAUCAGAAAAAAAUAAACAAAUACACAAUUAUCUUGAUCAAAUAGAAACAAUACUUGAUAAUGUUUAUAAAUUUAAAAAUAUUAAUAGAAAAAUAUAAUAUUUAUAAAUAUAUCAAUACCAUGUUGACUUGACAAUCAUUUAAAAAAGAAUUUUUACAUUUUGUGUGAACAGAUGAGUUGUGAACACAUUCAAAGAUGGAGUAUGAUCAAGAUAAACUCAAAACUGAUAGAUUUCAAUGAUUGAUUAGUAAAUAUGAUCAAUUUUAAAUAAUAAUAUAACUGGUCAAAAAUUACUUACAAAUUAUUUUCCGAAAUCGUGCACACGUUUGCAUUCGAAUAUGAGCCAGGAAGAGCCAAGAAGAAAACGACGCCAACUACGAUUGAUAGAAUCCUAAAAAUAUAACAAUUGAAAGUGUUAAUUAAUUUAACGAUAUUUAUACAAGUUGUAAAUACUCGUAAAUGUGUAUACAUAUAGUAAUAAUGUUAUCGUGUUAAGAUAAAUCAAAACUGUAGAUUGUAUAAGAAAUGUUAAAAAAUACGAAUAUGAAAUGCAAAAUAUAUUUUUUGCUCCUAAUCCUCGAACUUACGUCUUAUUCAUUUUGUGUAGCGACAACAGUGUUCUAAAGUCACAAUACUCUCCUAUGGACUUCGACUAGGGCUUUUUAUACCCAAAUGAUAGGUGUAAAUUUUCCAGUUGCUUUCAUAAUAUAAUGAUUGUUUUCCAACCCAACGGUCUGUAUUUUAUUCGUGAUGUAUAAUGUUACCUAUUUAUUUUCAAACCCUUAUCUGAAUGAAACACAUACCACUUAUACGCACUUGAGAUCAAUUUAACCCAACACUUUAUCGUGAUUCGUGGUGUAUAUUUUCCGAAUCAUUGCGCUCUGAAAUAGCUACACGUGCUAUUUAUUAGGACUUGGGUGUAAUGUAUUACAGUAUAUUACACUGCUGCUCUGAUUCAUGUUAUUAUAUGAGUAAAGGUAUUAAAAACGUUUGAAUUGACAUUGGAUUAAAUUCAAUUUUUGUACCAUAUUUUUAUCUUUAAUGUCACAAAGUUUGAUACAAAAAUAUAUUUAUGAUCUUCUAAACUCUUAAAUGCAGUGUAUUUUAUGUAUUUUGUGUAGCCAGAAGUUAUAUAGUGCGGAAUAUUGUGAUAUUCAAUCACAAACCUUUUGCUUACUUCAUAUAAACUAUAUCCACCCCUUGUAUUCUAUUUAUAUAGUGACCAGAAGAUAAAUGUAUAUUUUGUAAUGUUGAUAUACCUACUUACAUAGACAUACAGCUCAUCCAUCUUUAUUACUUGAUAUUUAUUUUUUUCUAUUAUUUUUUAAGAUUAAUGUUGAAAUAUUAAAUUGUAUAUUAUUAUGUUAAAUGACUUAUUAACUUAUGUUAUUCAAAGUUAAUAAAUAUCAGUUAUGUGUUAAUAUA